GUUGACGUAACCCCUGACAGUGGGAGGGGUCAGACGGUUAAAGGAAGAAGCAGUGAUAAUCGAUACCACCGAUUUCCUUUCCGAUCCGAUGCUGACUAAAAUUCACACUGAUAUCGGCGAUACCGAUCUGAUACCGAUACUUCCUGCAACUACACCUAAUGUGUCUGGUAAAUCUAAAAGUAGUGUAAUUCAAAGCACAGCUUCAGGAAGAAUUCAAGAUGUCAGACUAAUUUAUUUAUUUUAAACUCGGAAGUGUAUUGAGGUAGCGGCCUCAUUUACUAUAUACCAAAGAAAGGCAGCAAUUAUACAAAACAUGUAAAAAUAGAAGUACUAUAAAAUGACAACUUGGUUAUUAAUUCUGACACUGUGCUCUCCUUUUCUUUCCUCUUCGGUCCUCCUCAUCAUACAUGUCUCCUAUUCUAUGUUGUGGUUUAACCUGAGGUGUUUCACGAGAUUUGUUGGGUUGCCACACCUAAAUAAUUAUUUUCCACUGUGCUCCUGUUGAUACAGAGCUACAUUAAACUCGAACGACUGAAGUAUCAAACGUAUCGAUCGAGUCGAAUUUUAUUUGAGAAUGGAUUUUGGAGCAUAAAGGUCUGGUAUCGGGGGUAUCGAUGUUUCUGUAUCGAUUCGCACAUCACUAAAAAGAAGCACGUAAACGAAUUAAUCCUAAAUAUCCGUUACAUAAGGCUAUUAACUACGGGAAAUGUUAUCACAAACCCCUUUAUAUUAGACAACAGGAGCAACGAGACGGAAAGUAUGAAAGACAAUAUUUUAUGCUAAAAGUUACGUAUGGUUGUAAAACUUGGUACCCACCCACCGGCCUGAGUCUGGCUGAAGAAAGUCAAGGGGCUAAAGCUAACACGAAGCUGUAGGGAAACAUACUGGCUCACCGGAUCCGUUGGCAGGGGCUGUAGAGUCGGUGUUGAGGUGUAAAAGCUGUGAACUAGUACACACUGUACUAGUGGAGUACAGUGUGUACAACUGUCAGCUUUAACCCGUGUGUAUAGCUGUGGACCCAGUUGUUUUUGAGGGAAGGGUAAUAAUGUCAGCUAGCUAGCCUGCUAGCUGUUGUGCUCCAGGAGUCAGCUGACAGGCUGCUGUAAGCUCCCAGACCGGCGAUGGAUCAACUCAAAGUGAAGGAUCGCAUAUUGGAAAACAUCUCUCUGUCUGUCAAGAAGUUGCAGAGUUACUUUGCGGCCUGUGAGGAUGAAACUCCAGCUAUACGAAACCACGACCGGGUCCUGCAGCGCCUCUGCGAACACCUUGACCAUGCUCUGCUGUAUGGGCUGCAGGACAUCUCUUCAGGCUACUGGGUCCUUGUCCUUCACUUUACCAGACGAGAGGCUGUUCGUCAGAUAGAUGAGCUUCAGCACAUUGCAACCAAUCUUGGUCGAAGUCGUGCAUGGUUAUACCUGGCCCUGAGUGAGAGCUCUUUAGAGAGCUAUCUGCGCCUCUUCCAGGAGAAUCAAGGAUUGUUGCAGAAGUAUUAUUUCAAGAAUGCGCUGGUCUGCAGUCACGACCACCUCACGCUCUUUCUCACACUGGUGUCUGGCCUGGAGUUCAUUUGCUUUGACCUGGAGCUGGAUGUGCCCUACCUAGACGUGGCCCCCUACAUGCCAGAAUACUACAAACCCCAGAAUGUGCUGGACUUUGAGGAACGGCUGCCCAGCUCAGACAGCCUGUCCCUGCACUCCUUCACCUCCCUCACCUCCACCAACUUGGAGUGGGAUGACAGCGCCAUAGCUCCCUCCUCUGAAGAUUAUGAUUUUGGUGACAUCUUCCCUGUGUUGCAGUCAUUGCCAAGUGCAGACUGGGAAGAGGGUGAGCUGACCGACCAAGCCAGCUGCCCACGGUCCAGUGGAUCAGAUCCCCAGACGGUCAUCAGCGACACUUUAGUCCUUUCUGGCACUGUGAAAGGGAAGGUCGCGGCUCACAUCUCUCCUCACAGCCCCACAUUCAGACACAACCCCUUCAACGAGGACUCGGACACCAACACCUCAGCGGACGUCACGCCAGUUCACGUGGCCAGCCGCCACAAUACCGAAACCACUGGAGAGGACAUAGAAUUCAACAGCAAUGAGCUUGAAGUCAUCAGGAUGGCAAGGCGAAAGAAACCAGCCAAGAAGAGACGUGGAAAGGGCUCCACAGAUUCCAGCAGCAGCAUCCAUAACUCCAUCUCCUCGGAGCACAUGGAAAUGGACUACACCGUGCUGGUUCCAGAGGAUGCUGAUUCUGUGAACGGAAGUGUAGUGGAGCUGGAUGUUGAAGGACAGUUGACAAGAAGCAGGGUUGGAUCACAGGUUGUGGAGGAAAGAAGUGAGAAUGGAGCAGAAGGCCUCCUUCGGCUUCCAGAGAUGACAGACACAUCCAUGGACAGUGUGGGACAGCCUCUUCGUGACGUCAUGGACCGUCUCAACGGGGCUCUGGACAGGGAGGACAUCUGGGAGCGCCCAGAGGACGAGGAAGAGAAAAUCGAGAAAGCCUAUGAUCUGAGCCCUGAGCCUCCUGUUCAGCAGCCCUUUCGAGAGGACUCAGGGGGAAAGCCACCUGACCCAGCACCAGGGGCGACGUCUGGCUCCUCUAUGGCCAAGAGCCCAGACUCCCUGCAGGCCUCUGCUGUGCCUGCAGACUUAUGCUGCUUUACCCCCAACAGUCCAGACUCUGCUACAACGGGUGGUGGCCACUAUGACUCUACAGAGCAUAGCCAGUUACAAACUCUUUCAGGUGGCUUUGAAGAUGAAACAAAGGCAAAAGCGGCAACAGGACAGGAGUCUAACAUGAAGGAAGAGGUGGAAGAUGUACAAGGAGAGGAAAUACACAAAAAUACAUUCACUGCUGAGGAAUCACGACCACAACUACAGGAACAGAAUCUAAGUCCGUCUGAAACCUCUCAUCCUGCAGAGUUUAAGGUGGACAACAAUCACUUGCUUCUCCUUAUGAUUCACGUGUUCAGAGAGAAUGAGGAGCAGCUCUUCAAGAUGGUGAGGAUGAGUACAGGUCAUAUGGAAGGGGACCUACAGCCCCUUUAUCUGCUGUUGACUGACUGUUACAUCUACCUGCUUAGAAAAGGUGCUGCAGAGAAGCCUUACACAGUAGAAGAUGCUGUUUCUUAUAAUGAACUGGAUUAUAUUUCUGUGGGCCUUGACCAGCAGACACUGACGGUGGUUUGCACCAACAGACGACGAAAAUUUCUGUUGGACACAGCUGAUGCCUCUCUAACUUUGUGGUUCCUUUCUGUUCUGAAGUCGUCCAUGGUGAAAGGUUGUCGCGAGCCUCCCUAUCCAUCUGUUCUGACUGAUGCCACCAUGGAGAAACUGGCUCUAACCAAGUUUGUCUCCCAGGAGUCUCACUGUGAGGUAUCUCAAGUGUCUAUUCAACUCUAUUCCUUGGUUCAUUGGGAGGAUCCGAUGGACGUCACUUUGUCUCCCCAAGAUGGUCCACCAAGCUCUGGACUACUUUCCAGCACAAAGGAAGGAACUCUGCAGUACCGGACUGGAACCACAUAUCUGGGUAAAGAGCUGUGGAAGAGCUGCUACCUCGUUCUCAGCAAAGGCAUUCUGUACCUGUAUGCAGAGAGAACAGACGUGACACCUCUGCUGUCAGUCACCAUGGGAGGAGAGCACUGUGGAGGCUGCCGUCGCUCUAACAGCACAGAGCGUCCACACGCCUUCCAAGUCAUCCUGACAGAGCGCCCCCCACUGGUGCUCUGUGCCAACAAUGAGGAGGACAUGGCUGACUGGAUGCAGCUGCUCUGCCAGUCUGUCUCUAAAGGGGCACAUGAUAAACUCCAGCCACAUCUUCUGCAGGUCAUCCCUCAGGGUGUGGCCCCAACUCCAUGUAUCCCAUGUUGUCUGGUGGUGACAGACAAAAAGCUGUUAACCUGCCAUCAGGACUGUCAGACGAGCUUCUUCCGUUCACUGGGCAGCGCUGAUAUCUGUGAUGUUACCACUGUCAGUCUGGAAGCCGACAAGGAGUACUGUGUUAUUGAUUUCGCGUCCGAUCGGACCCAGUUCCUUCCUCCGUGGGUUUUGUAUUUCAGCGGCUGUGAAGAGAGAGAUCGACUGCUGCAGGCAUUGGACAAUGCAUGGAAAAACAUUUUCCAGGUCAGCCUUCCCCACAGAGAGGUGUCUGAGCCGCUAGUGCAGAAACGUUGCAGUGAGGCUCUUGAACUGAUGAAGAGCGCCUGGCAGAGAGCAGACAGCCUGGCUCGAGGCAGAGCCCAGCGUGAACCCUGGUGCUGACGAACACACACGUGCACAUACACGCUUAUCUGUGGGACAGACAUGUAACCGUACAGCCCCGAGAGACUGAGAUGAACCAAUCGGAGACAGUGUGGCAGGCGUUUGAUUCUGAAGCGGUUCGAUUUGAGAAGCUUCCUGCUGAAGUAGCAGUGCAUGCGGCACAUCACAGUGAUGAAACCAUGGACAUGAUGAAACCAUGGACGUUAUCACUGAAAUGAAAAGGAGGAACCUCCGGUGUUUUAUUUGAUCCUUGUCAUGCGUCAUUAGAUACUUAAAGAUUCUUCAGAAACAGAAGCAAUGUAGAACAAAUUUGCCAAAACAAGGAAGUUUGAUGUUACAUUACUCUAACCUCUGACCUUUUGUGAACUAAACAGGACUGAACAUUAUAAACAACAUUAUGUUGUGCAUUAAGGAAGCUGAGUGGGGAGAUAGACACAGAUCAGUUACCAGCAGCUUCCUUACUCAGUGAGAAUUAUUAAUACCUUUUAAGAGAUCUGCUUGGACGCCUCUUACUAUACACAUACAUUUAUAUGUAUGAAGAAAGCCAUAUACGAAGGACAGACAUCACUUGUUCCUUAAAUGGAAGCACUCUUUACCUAGUGUUCACAAUCACACACGACGACUGUUCUCACAACUCAUAUAGCCAUGUGGAAAAAAAGUUUCUUAGUGUUCUACUAAGCUUCAGCUGUGGCGUAGUUGUAGUGCAGAACUUUGGCACUGCACAAUAUGGAUAUAUAUGAGCUGCUCUAAGGGCACAUAUAACUCACUGAGUUAUUCUCACUUACAGAACAAAACUUACUAGAUACUCAUCUCCUAGCACUGUUGCUUAACAUGCUCACGCCUGUAAUGUCUAUCUGAUCCUUUGCGUCACCAUUUUAAACAUCAUAGAGAUAAACACUCUAUCAGGAAAUACAACACACUUGCCUUUUUCUCCACUUUGCAGAGAUGGGUGGAGGUUUCCAUGCAGAAUUGCACAUUGUUUGGCUGUUUGUCUUUUUUUUUUUAACAGUACCAGUUGUGGCUUUGUACUGUUUUAAUUCCCUUUUAGACAAAGGGGGAACAGUCCUUAUUAAAUUAUUCAGUAUAGUGGUGAUGCUGUUUUGGUACUGACUUUGGUUCUGUAUUAGCAGAUGAUUAUUUCCAGUUAGAAUGGAGGUUUGUGUGAAGAGUCCUGUUACUGACUGAGAGCUACAAGUUGUUCUGGCUUCUCAUUUUUAUCUUGCACUAGUGUCAGCGUACUGUAAAAUAGUAUCUGGCCGGUCCUUAGAAUAGUCAGCAUUUAUUGCCAUAGGACCAUGUUUGAGUUGAAUAAAAUGUCUAAAUAGUCUUUCAGUCUAGACUAGCCUUUCAGUUGCUAUAUCAUCAAUAUGAAAGGAAUGAGAAUCGUAAGACCCUAAACUAAGCCUUUUAAGGUUAAAAUGAUCAUCGGUAGCUGCUAAUGCUUGUGCUACAAUCUGUCACAUACACGAACCUUCAUUAGAGAACCACUUCCUGUGUCACUGUGUAACUGCUCCCAUUACCAAGGUGAGAUAUGUGCGACAUUUCUUUUGCAAAGACAAUGUUGCAUUUAAGAACUGAGCUGAAUUCAAUUGCAAAUACCAAAUUAAGCAUUAUUUUUCCUUUCACUUCUCUGGAGCCUCUUUAAUCCUGAGCUUCUUACUCGAGACUACUUCUUAUAAAUGGCAUGCCCAUGAUAAAUGUAUAUGAGUAUAUCUGAGCAGCUGCAGGCUGGAGAGGUAGGAUUUUCUGUCCCAUAACGAUGGAAACACUUCUAACUUUUUAAAUUACUGGUUAAUUUAAAGGAAAGUGGAGCACAGCCACAGUAUGUGAACCUGACACCACUAAAAGCUUGCUAAGACGUCUCGGAUUCACUUUAUUAAAGACUUGUGAAGGUAACCUCUCCAAAUCUGGGGACAAUCUGUAAGCAUAGCUGUCCCCAGUGAGGGGCGCUGUGAGUUCUGAAGUUUCAAACACUGCAAAAUGUUUUUGUUCUGAUUUCCUUUGAGAGACAAGUCAAAAUAUAUGUUGUAUGUAGAACUGGGCAUCUAAUCUUAGUACUCCGACUACAAAUCUAGAAGGAGAGCAGUCAGUACUCUGUGGUAUUGAUUUUAACCAAUACUACAGUGUUGAAAAUGUACCAGUGUCAAAAAGCCAAACAAUUUGUACCAACAUCUGUCUUCUUAAGACACACUGUGUCACUCUCAUGUCCACAUUAAUCAGUGCUUUAAACCUUUCUAAGUGCCACUUGGUCUCCUCAUCUUCUGCUCUGUUGCAAAGAAAUCUAAUCUCAGGUUUAAAUGGUACUCAACAUCCAAAACCUUAAGACUCUGCUUUUUUUUUAAUAUAACAGUUCUUUUGUCUGAUACAGCGUUUUGUUUUUUGUUUUCUUGUUUUAAAUCUCCUGUUUUUUUUUUUUUUUGUUGUUGUUUUUUUUUUUUUUUUGCUUUUUUCUUUCCAUGUUCCAUGCAGCAUUAAGAAAGUUAUUUUGCACAGAGGAGACUUCAGAGUGAUGUGAACGUUUAGCAAAGAUUUUAUGGGGGAAAAAAUCCUUUAAUAAUUCAGUGGGUUCCAGAGUAGGAUUAGUUGUCUGUGUGGUUAAAAUCCUCUUCCCCUGGUGGAUUACUCAAGGACCUUUUGAGCUGGGAGAGUACAGUUGCAAUAGUUCGACUUACUUGAAAUGUUUGAUGGAUGAUCAGUAUAAAAUAUCCUGUGCUCGGAUUUGUGGCCUAUGAACUGUAUAUAAAGAGAAAGUCAGUCUUUUAGAGCAGUGUUUUAAAUGUGGGACAUUGCUGGACAAUGAUGGACGACAUUGUUUAAGUGAUGCAUUAUGAGAAAGGUGUUAUUGGAUCUUCUUCAUAAACGUAUACUUGCAUGUAAUAUUUGUAUCAUGUUUAGCAGUUUUAUUGAAUUGUAAAUGAAACACUAAUCAAUGAUAACCGUCUAAACUCCCACGUAAAGACGUGCAUGUCCUGAAGGUUUUAUACUAUUCAUAAAGGUGAACGAAUGUACAAAUCAACCUUGAUGAAAUGGACAGCGUAACUGAAUAAACAGAAAUGAAACUUUG